UUUUACAUUAAUUUCUUAGAAAAGUUUAAAACAUCAUUAAACAGUUUUUGAAAAGUAAGACCUGACUUCUCCGGCGACGGCCCUUCAUAUCCCCCCCCCAAGCGACGCUGCACUCUCCGCCGAGAUCCCACCCCUGGUUCUUUGGUAACCCCACCCAUGGUUCCUCAGCCCUCGUCCACAUCACCCCUCUCUCCCAGCCUCCCGGUUGCCGUUCGUCGUGGCUGCAGUCCAUCGCCUCCGCAGUUUAUCACUUUAUGUUAAACUGGCAUCAUCAAGGAAGCAAGCAUUCAAUAACACUCUACCUCAAUGGAGGCCUUAUGCUAUUUUUUUCCUGCAAUCAAUCCCAUCGUUUACAACUUACAAGGAAAGUAUUGCGUGAGGGGGUGUUGUACACAUUUAUUAUGGAUGAUGAAGUUUCUUAGUAUACAAAUGCAUACCUGAACUUAUAUGCAGCAUUGAAUCACUGGCGCAGCACAAUGAUCACGUGUGAAGUCACGUGCACUCACUGCAUCUUGUUAAGGGGUAUGAUUGUAAUUUCACCUUGAAAUCGGACCCUAAUAUUAUCCCUCAAUUCCCAUCUCAUCUCUAGUAUUUAUUCUUGUCUCGAGUACAAACCCUAGAACUCCACCUUCAACGCCGUGUUACCAUUGCAGGGAAAACUUGCCGCUAACAACCUUCGAAAAGGGCGUUUAUUUUUUGGGUUCUUACCUUUCAGUAUAGGAAUGGCCAGGACAAGGAGCAUGACCAGAAACCAGAAUCAUGAUGAUGUUGCAUCAUCAUCUAGCAGGAAGAGGAGGGCCAGAAACGGUGGUGUGGCACCUUGGUCAGACCUUGACCAUAAUUUGCUUUUUUUAGUUAUGAUGCAACUGGGACUAAUUGAUUUUCUUGCAUUCGGUGGUGUGUGCAAGUCAUGGAGGUCACUCGCACUCAAUAAUAAGAAGAUUUUUAUGGCAUCCAGACCACCCAUGUCGAUGCGGAUCUCUAAUCGUCCUUAUAAGAAAGACUGUUACCUAGAGGACUUUGAAGGAAGAAGGUUCAAAACCAUCCUUCCCCAUGCUGCUGGCAGGAUCUGUUUUGGAAUAAGUUGUGGUUACCUGAUCUUGUUCAGAAGGAAAACGAAAAACAAGGACUUCUGGCUUGUAAAUCCGAUCACAAGGCAUGAACUUCAUUUCCCUUGUUUCCGGUUUAAUGUAGGUUCUGAUCCAACAAUAAUCAGAUGUAUCCUUGUCUUUUCACCUUCGGUAUCUCGGUGGGUGUUUUUGGUGUUGCGUUCAUUCGCCAAUCAAGUUUGGUUUUCUAUAGAGGGUACACAAGAAUGGAAUGGUGUCUCCUCCACUUUCCCCAUGAUUGAUUUACAUGCUUUCAAGGGGAAGAUAUAUACCAUACACAUGGGUUGUCGUGUAUAUGAAAUGAGACUCAAUCCAUAUCCCAAACUGACGUUACUCCAAACCAUGAAUUUUCCAAAGCCAGUCUUCGUAUGUCCGGAGUUUCUAAGUUCGAGUGAAAACCUUUAUGUCACGGAUUGUAGGUUUAAAGAUUCAUACGACGUUUAUCAACUAGAUUUUGAGGAAAUGAAGUGGGUGUCGUCGGGAAAAACAUUAGAAGAAUGUGCAUUCUUUAUUAACGGUUUCAAGUAUUCUGCUGCUUUUAGAUCAGAGGUGUGGGUUGAUCAUUGGUUGCUAUAUGAGAGAUGUGCUUGCUUCUUUGCUACCGUUGAUACAGGUCGAAAUUACAGGCUCCUUAUUUCAGGCAUCUGGUACUUCCCCAAUGAUUGUUUGAACAAGAAUCGCUUAGAUGAAUGAUGACUUGGAUCAGAUGCACUCUUAUCUUGGUUUUUAUCUUUGCAUAUGUUGAACUUUUUCAAGAUGUUCCAUGAAUGGAUUUGGAUUUUCAAUUUAUUGUUAAAAGAUUUUGGUUGUCACUCAACCUUUGCUUUUAGCUAUACAACUACCAAUUAUAUGACCCUUUUAUA